AUGGCAUCUUCUGGUAUUCCAAUCGCCUGCUACGGCCGACACCCACCUACUGGUCAGGCUGUCGCCGACGGCCUUGAGCCCGAGUAUGACUUGGUUCACAUGGUCUGUGAGUUUGACACGGCAAAGUCGGAGCUUCCCCGGAUCUUGACCGGCGAUACCAGCUGCAUCCCUACGUCUUCCGGAGUAGGCAGCAAUCUUCAGCGCCCCGAGUCUGAGCGACGGAUUCCUCGCGCCGUCACCUGCGGCGGUGGCAUCCCAGAUGAAGAGUACAAGGAGCUUAAGGAGAUCGUGCACAAGGCGGUUGGCAGGGAGAUCCCUUGGUACAAGGUGUAUCCUGGCGACGUGACAAAGUACAUCCCCGAGCAAGAGCGCAAGGCCGAGAGCCAGGGUCCUCCCGAUGGAAAGUACAUCGCCAUGUUCUUCAGGGACGCAAUGAAAGGCCUUCAGUGA